ACUUUCUACCUACUGCCAUUCUGAAUUUGAAAUAAUACUUAGAACAAAAUAUCAUCAUGGCAUCUCUUCGCAACUUCCUCCUUCAACCCGCGCGCAAUGCAACCCUACGCCGAAUCGACUUCACGCAGACGACACCGCCCAUCCCAGCAUUCAAAGACCACUUCGCCGUGGUGAUCGACGACUUCAUGACUGAGGCUGAAUGCAAGGAACUGCUGCGGCUCGCGACCACGACGGGACCCUGGGAGCGCGCCAUGAUCAACGUCGGCAACGGGAAGCAGACCAUGUCCGUCGAGACGCGCGACUGCGGCCGCAUCAUAUGGGACAACCCGGAGAUUGCGCAGCGGAUCUUCGACCGACUGGUACCCUUUUUCCGCGAGUGUGGGCUUGAGGAGAUCCGCAACCAACCGCUCGUGACGGGGUUAGGCUCCGCACGACGCGGCGAGGUGUUCCAUCUCAGCCAGCUGAACGAGCGGCUUCGCUUCCUCCGCUACGAGGGAGGGGAGUACUUCCGUCCGCACUGGGAUGGAUGCUACCUCACGCCUGACGGGUCGGAGCGGUCACUGUAUACGAUCCAUCUGUACCUGGAUGGGAGUGGAGAGCAGGACAUCCAGGAGCUAGAAAAGGCGAUCAAGAAGCUGUCGAAGCAUCCUCAACAGCCACGAAGAGAGGAAGAUGAAGGGAGGACAGACAGAGCAGAGACCGAGACGCUGCUCGGGGGAGCAACCUCCUUCACGGACAGCUGGACGACUGAGGACGCGGUGCGUGUCUUCCCACGCGCCGGGUCGGUGCUUAUCUUCCAGCAGCGCAAUCUGCUGCACGGGGGGGACGACGUGUUUCGUGGGGUUAAGCACACGAUGCGGACAGAUCUCAUGUAUCGGGUGGUUGAGUAAGUAGCUGUAUUAGCAGAUACCUUAUUCUGAGAUGGUUACCUGGUAGACAGAGUAAUAGAAAUGGUAGAG